AUGAUGAAAAAACAAUUUCGUUUUUUAUUUCCAACAUUAGAAGAACUUUUUGAAACACUUAAUUCUCAUCUUGGAUUUAAUGUUGAAAUAAAAUAUGCUAUGGAAUAUCGACAUGGUGGAAGUGAACAAAAUCAUUAUUUUGAACGAAAUGAAUAUAUUGAUUGUAUUCUUCAAUGUCUUAUUAAUCAUGCUGGUAAACGUGUUAUUAUUCUAUCAACAUUUGAUCCUGAUUGUGCAUCAAUGCUUCGUCUUAAACAAACAUUAUUUCCCGUUUUAUUUUUAACACAAGGUGAAAAAGGUGAUUGGCCACAAUUUUUAGAUGUUCGAACAUGGUCGAUUAAUAUUGGAUUAUAUCUUGUUAUUACCGAACAUUUAUCAGGUUUAGCUGCACCAGUACUUGAUAUUCUUUCAAAUAAAGAAUUUGUUAAACAAGUUAAAGAUAAUGGAAAAUUAUUAUUUAUUUGGGGUGAUGAAGCAAGUGAUAAAGAAGUAUCAAAAUGUUUAUUAGAAUUACGUAUUGAUAGUUUAAUAUUUGAUCAUGUUGCUGAACUUAAAGAUGAACAUUCUACAACAGAAAAUCUCUUUAUUUCGGAAGAAUGUGAAGAAUUAGAAGUACUUAAUAAUUUUCGUCAAAAACAACUUGAAUUACAACAUCAUCAAUUAUUACAAGAACUUGAACGAUUAAAAACAGCACGAGAAAAAACAAAUUCACCAAUACUAUCACCAACAAAUCAAAUAUCUAAAACACCUACAAAUUUCGGACAAGAUCAAUUAUCGAUAAUAGAUACAAAUUCUAAACAUUUCAUUUUACCAACACAUUUUGAUGAAAAAUCUUGGUAUAUUCUAUUUGGUUUUAUGACAUUUAUUAUUGUCUAUAUACUUAGUCGAUGUAUAACAUCACAAGAUGUCGAUGAUGAUCCAAUUUAUCAACGUGCACGAUUAUAUUCAAUGCAAAAACAACAUCGAAAAGUGACUUAA